CACUGGACAGUGUAACUGGCAUCUCUCUCUUGCUUAUGAAAACAUUAUCCCAUUUCUACAGGAAAUUUCUUGAAAGCCAUUUGCCGUUUGAAAAUUUAUGAAUAAUGUUGCAUUAAAAAAUCCUGGAAUGUCUGUCUCCUCUAAUUUGGAUUCUGAGCAAGAAAACGAAAGUGAAUAUUCUUGUUUGUCUAAGUCUGAAAAACCAAAGGAAAUAGAAAACAAUGAAGAAACUGUUCAAGAUAUGCAAUAUGAAGUAAAAACUGGAUCAUGUGGGCACAGCAUUUUUCCUACUUCCUCGACACCAGAGGUAUCAGAAAACAGCACUUUAGAAGGUGCCGUUGCUGUUUCACCAAGUAAAAGUAAAACACAAAUUAAUUAUAGUGGAGAAGUGACAGCCCAUGUAACAUCUGACAAUCAACAUCUGAACUUGCAAAUCCGCAAUGUUCCCUCUUCAGAUAGUAGAACCAAAGUUGUAAUAACCAAUAAGAAGUCUCUUAAGAAGAGUCGUAGUUACCAUGACAGUCAGCAUCAGCAAAGCCAACACAAUGUUCACAACAAAGAUACUUUUGUAGAUGAUGUCAAUGGAAAAAGAAAGGAAACCCCAAAUAAGCAGACUUGUAAAAUGCCUUUAAUAAAAGUAGAGAUUACAGGAGAAGGUAUUGAAGUGAAGUAUAAAACUAUUGACCGUCGUCUAACAGUUCACAUUGAAAGAGAUAAUGAAAGGGAAGAAAGAGAAGUAUGUUAUUCUCAUAGCAAUAAUUUAUUGCGAGGAGGGUCCAGGAGCUCUUACAGUUCAGAUUAUAAUCAUUAUCAAAGAGAAGACAUUGUGGUUCCUGAUUGCUGUAUAGAUAUUCCUCCCCCAGAAGAGUUUGCUGAUGGAAGAUCUGCAUCCUCAAAUACUAAUGUCGGAAAUGAGGCCUUAAUUCAGGAUGAUUUGGUAAGGGAAUCCAGUUCUAUACCAUCAAUAUUCUCUUCCAAUUCUGAGUCAGAAACUGAGAAGAGACCAAAAAAAGAGGAGUGCUCCAUAACUGAACACAUGCCACUGUUAAACAGUAGACUUUGUUUGUCGUGUUUGAACAACUGUACCCAUUGUUCUCCACUCACUACAUGCUUUUUGCAAAAAUACAGACCAGCCUUUGGCUUCCAGCAUUCUACCCCCAGAACUGUCUUCUACCUCUAA